ACGGCUUGGAGACCAUAAAAUAGUCUUAAAAGAUUUGAAUCAAGUCAUAAUAACAUUAAUCAAAAAGACGAACAUUACGCUAGAAGUAAAUUUUUAUAAUUCACAUCGAAAAUGUAUUUAACAUGGUCAUCAUUUAAUAAUCUAAGAUUGUUCCUCAUGGCUUGUAUGCCUAUAGUAAUAUUUUACCUAAUUUGGCUUGUCAAUACUUCAGAAAGCAUUAGAAGCGAAGAAGGUACUUUAUUAGACCUUAUUUGUUGGCCAGAUGGUAAUGCCAUUCCAGUUAUUAUAGGAUGCGGAUCUAUAAUGGCUGUCGUUAUAGAGUUGUAUGGCUUAUAUCAGCUGUUCAAAGCUGGACUAUCGAAAAAAGAAUACAAUGUCGUAAACGGAUUGUUUUAUUAUGUUUGGGCGCUUAUUAUCAUGGUUAUUUUAUUUCUUGCUAUCAUUUUUUACUCUGGUCUACAAUCAACCAUAAUCAGAGCUAAAAUCAAGGGAGGGAUAACGAAAGCAAUGUUUAGGUAUUCAAGUCAUCUACCUUCCAAAGUCGCCAUUGAUCGUCUACAAACUCGCUUCCAUUGCUGCGGCCGUGUAAACUAUCAAGAAUGGUUUUAUAUCCCUUGGUUUAUGAAUGAGGAAAACACGGAACGAAAUAAAAUCAUUAAUCAUAAAUUUAUUGCGGAUAACGUACCGUAUAGUUGUUGUUCGACGGAUGAAUUGUAUCCUUGUAUUCAUCAUGGGGUGAUGCAAGAGGGUACCAUUUAUAAAUAUAAUCCCAAAAAACAACUAACUAUAUGGCAAGCUGGUUGUGAAGAAAAAUUAAUUAGCGAAAUGAUGUCCGUGUCCUGGAGAUUCAACGCCGUAAUGUCACUUAUAAUUAUGGCAAUGUUGAAUGCAUCGCUGCAGAAAGAGGAACUGCAGAGAGAGUGCGAGUAAUUAAUUUUACAAGUGAUAGCGGUUCGUUAUCUUCACACCGCGUACAGAAACGGAUUGCACGUCGGUAACAAAAUCACGUGCCAAGCUUACUUGCUCCGUUCGACCACUGACACUAAGCUGCCUAAGUUAUCGGUCAAAAGAAAGUUGUUCCGUAAGAGGAAGCCUCGGCAAGCGCGUACUUUGCAGUGGAUCACGUCGUAUAGCACUACGAGGAAACUGAUACAGUCCUCAAAAUCUGAGAACAGCUCCGAUGAAAUGCUGAAGCCUAUAUGUGAAUAAUGUGUGUCGUAUUUCGAAAUAUUUACUAUACUGAGACCUUAGAACUUAUAUAUGAAGUUAGGUAUAUUUUUUUAAUUUUUAAGACUUAGAUCGGUGGACGAGCUCACAGCCCACCUGGUGUUAAGUGGUUACUGGAGCCCAUAGACAUCUGCAACGUAAAUGCGCCACCCACCUUGAGAUAUAGGUUCUAAGGUCUCAAGUAUAGUUAGUUAUAUGUUGGCAUAAAAAAAAAGCGGCAUAUGAGUUGUAGAUGUUUAUGGGCUCCGGUAACCACUUAACACUUGGGCCGUGAGCUCGUACACCAGCAUAAGCAAUAAAAAAAAAAUUGUGUUAACCGAUAAUUGUAUUCUAAUAUUUUAACUGAAAAAAAAAAAACGAACUUUGCCGAACCGUGUCCAAUUCGUAUCAACAAUUAUUUUCAAGAACGUUCGCUCGUCAAUCCCUACAAUGCCCUAGUUAUAAUGGCAUGGGUAACGAUUUCGAAAAAAAGUGAUAGAAUCGAGGGGUAAAAGGCUGUUUGGUUAAUUUUAAUUACAUUUAUUUAAUUACAUAAAUUUAAUUUAUCUUUGUAAUUAAAGGUCCGUUCUAUUUGGUAUUAGCAUCAACAAUUCGAUGUUUUUAAUUGAACUUCUAUUAAGUUUUUUUUUUGUUAUGGUAUUUUCUCUCCAAAUUAAAAAAAACCUUGAAAUGGUUCUCUUGUAAAGUUUCAAAAGUGUCGCUUAAACCAAACAGCCUUCCACCCCUCGAUAUGUACCAGUUGUUUUGGAAAUAAAUACUAAUUAUUAUAUAUAAUAUAAUUUAAAAAAAAACUGCGUUAAA